AGCACUUCCGGUGUGGGGCGGUAAGGAGACACCUGUGAGGGGGCGUGGCCAAGCAGAUGCGCUGGUCCUGCUCGUCAAGGUGUGGUCCUUCACUUGUUUAUCGCGCUCAGCAGCACUUCCAGGAGCACACGAAAGAAGUCGUCCACUAAGUAGCAUCAGAAAUGUCCGGCAGGCCCAACGGGAGCCCGCCGCCAUACGAGCCCAAUGGCUACAGCCACCCCCCCGCUCAGCCCGCGUACUCCUACUACCCGGAUGACGAGUUCCAGCACUUCUACCGCUGGACGUCGCCGCCGGGCAUCCUGAAGAUCAUGUCCAUCAUCGGCAUCGUGCUGUGCGUCGCCAUCUUCGCCUGCGUGGCGUCCACCUUGGCGUGGGACUCCCAGCGGGCGAUGUCCGGCUUCGGCGGAGGUAUCGGCGGAGGGACCGGCGGAGGCUUCGGCGGCGGGGGAUUCGGCGGCGGAGGAUUCGGCGGCGGCGGCAGCUUUGGCGGGGGAUUCGGGGCUGGGAACAACUACGGCUACGGGGGAAUAGGCGGGAACUACAACGACCCCCGCUCGGCCAAGGGCUUCAUCAUCGCCAUGGCGGCCAUCACCUUCAUCGCCACACUGGCCAUCUUCAUCAUCAUCGUGUCCCACCAAAGCAUAUCAGAAAGCAGGAAGUUCUACCUGGCCGUCAUCAUCAUCUGCGCCAUCUUGGCUCUGCUGAUGCUGAUCGCCACCAUCUGUUACCUGGUGGCGGUCAACCCCACGGCGCAGUCCCAAGGCUCCGCCUACGGCAGCCAGAUCGCCGCCCUGUGCGCGCCAUUCCAGCAGACGCAGACUUCGGGCGUCUUCGUCAACCAGUUCCUGUACCACUACUGCGUGGUGGAGCCGCAGGAGGCCGUCGCCGUGGUCUUCGGCUUCCUGGUGGUCGCCGCCCUCAUCAUCAUGCUGGUGUUUGCGGUGAAGACGCGCAAGAAGCUCAUCAACUACGGGAAGAGCAACAUCCUGUGGAAGCGCGUCAAGAUGGUGGACGAUGCUGAGCCGCCGCAGGACGUGGAGGCCUGGGUCAACAACGUGUCCGUCCCGCCUCAGGAGCUGCCCAUGUCCGACUACCCCGAGAACAUGAGAAGCUCCAGGAACCACCUGGACGACGAGAGCACCAACUACAGCAAGCCUCACUACAACUACACGCCCCCACCCGUGGAGGACGAGCGACCUCUUAACAACGCUCCUUACGGCGCCAACUCCGAGGUUCCCAGCUCGGCCGGCAGAACCAACAGGCGGCGCCCGGGUCGUGACCCCGACGCCGACUACGCCUCCUCAGGAGACGAGCUGGACGACGACGACAACGACUUCUACAGUGAGUUCCCCGCCAUCGCCAACGAGCCGCAGCGUAACGACUACAAGCGCGAGUUCGACCGCGACCACCAGGAGUACAAGGACCUGCAGGCGGAGCUGGACGCCAUCAACAAGAGGCUGUCUGACGUGGACCGAGAACUGUACGACCUGCCCGAGGGCAGCCCCCAGUACCUGGACGCUCUUGACGAGUACAACAGGAUCAAGGACUUGAAAAAGUCGGCAGAUUAUCGCGGCAGGAAGCGACGCAGCAAAUACUUGAAGGCCAAACUGAGCCACAUCAAGAAGAUGGUGAGCGACUACGACCGCCGAGCCUGAGACGCCCCGACUACACGCACCUGUUGUCACUGCAGGUGAUCUUAUGACAUCAUGGUAUGACAUCAUGGUAUGACAGCUGUCAGUGGCACACAGAACAAACAGUGUACAUAUUUAGCCUGCAACAAAGAACUAUUCUUAUAUCAACCCAAUAAGCUCCGUUUUUAAAUGUUUUUAAUCUUUUAAUGCACAUUUUUACCAACAUGUAUAAAACACUUUUUUUUUUUUUUUUUAGCGUUCCUUAGCUGUUUUUGUGUGUAUUUUAGGAGGGUUUUUAUGACACGGUUGUGUAUCUUUACCAUGAUUUGUCUGACAACAAUAAUAAAUUGUCCUCUCAACACUUA